CUCCUCGUGUUACUCCCCCCCUCUUCUCCCGCCCCUUCCUCCUCCCCACCACGAGGACUAGGUCCGUUGUUGCCCACCGCCCAAGAUCUGCAAGCUGCGUGCCCACGAGCCUAUAAAGAACAUUCGCUGUUAGCUGAAUUUCCAGGAAAUGGGCCCUGCUUUAAACCUUUAAAUUACAGUUGAAAAGUGGAUUGAUUCAACUUAAACACUCACUGCAUUUGGUAACUUUCUCCUGGUUUCCAUCCACCGUGUGUGUGCCCUAAAUUUAGCAGUUCCCACUUGGACUUUUGCAGUCAGAGAUAACAGCAAUGGCCUCAAAAUGGAGGGCUACUGCAUCUUGGUAUUCUCACCCAGUAUAUGCAAGAUACUGGCAACAUUAUCAUCAUGCAAUGCUUUGGAUGCAAAGCCACCAGAAUGCCUACAGAAAGUUCAAGGAUUCCUAUUUCACUUCCCCAUGGUUCUUCCCUCUUGGAGUUCUUCCCUGGAACUCUCUUGCUUAUGAGGCUGAGCAUCCUUGGAACUCUGAAGGCCAGCACAUGGCAUGGCAGGAGUCUCCCUACAGUGUUUCUCAUCCCAAAAGCCCUGGGCAGUCUCUGCAUAACAGCAAUAGAACCCAGGCAUCCAGAAGAGAAAAUGAAGCACUGUGUGAGGAGGAAGCGCUGGAGUCAGAUUCAGAUGAAGUGGAGUGCGACCUGACCAAUAUGGAAAUCACCGAGGAGCUCCGCCAGUACUUCGCCCAGACUGAGAGGCACAGAGAAGAGAGAAGGCGACAGCAGCAGCUGGACACAGAGCGCCUGAAUGACUAUGUGAAUGCAGACCAUGACCUAUACUUCAACCAGCAUAGGUCAGUGGAGCCCCCAUCUGAGAAGCCCUGGGAGCGGCGCCAAGCAGAGAUGAAGCGCUUGUAUGGGAACAGUGCUCCCAAGAUCCUGGCCAUGGAGGCUGCUGUGCAGAUGAGCUUUGACAAGCACUGUGACAGAAAGCAGCCGAAGUACUGGCCUGUCAUUCCCCUGAAGUUCUGAGUCCUGGGCACCAGGACCCUAGGCAAUGCCUCACAGUUCCUAGCCUCUCCCUCUUCAUCUCUCCUGGACAUUUUUCAGAGAAAGAGGACUGUAUACUGACAUGGUGGAUACAGUCUGUCGGCCACUUAUAAUUCUGUCAGCAGGUGGUAUACUGUUGCCAACACAAGGAAUGUUCACUGACAAAGUGAUAAUUGUACGAAUUGGACUGGCUCUCAGUUUUCUCUGUAAUAGUCCAGUUCAUUGAAAGUAUUGUCUAGUGAUACUGCCUAUUGUUUUGCAUUUUAAUUUCCUUCUUUAAACUGUCCAGAAUGUCAUAAAAGCCUUAAGCCACAUGUCAUGUAUUCCUACAUUUUUAAGCCCAGUUUUCAUACAGCCCAUGCUAGCUUCAAAGUCUUACUUCCAGCUUCCUCCUCCCAAAUGCUAGCUUACAGGUUUGCACCUCCUACACUGGGCUUCUGUCCUUGUAUUUUCUGUGACUAUAGAUCUUUGGAUCCCUCUGAAAGCAAUGUAAGUGAACAACAGUAAGACAAGCGGCACUUGUUACUCAGCUAAGGGUCAGCCCACAUGCUCUAUAAAAGACCAGAAAGUAAAUACUCUGGGCUUGGGAGGUCUUCUUGUCUGUGUCAUAACUGCCUGACCCUGUCUUCACCAUAUAAAAACAUCCAUAGUAACUGAAUAAACAAAUGAAUGUGACUGUGUUUCAAUAAAACUUUAUUUGCUAAAAUAAA